GCCAAAAACCGAUUACAUUUCCAAACAUCGCGCGAAAAAAGAAUGGCGGGAAUAAUUUAUGUUUGUAUUAUACCGUUUCAGGAUAAUGAUAAUUCAUCAAGUCUCAAUUAUUAGAAAUUUAAUAAAGGACCUUGGUACCUCUCCCCCAAUAGGAGCGCAGUUGACAAACGUGGUAGUGUGACGUCACGCGGUGGUGGUGUCUGUCUUCUGCCUUCCAGGACACCGGACGUUAUUUAGGUUAAAUUCACUAUUCCAGACACUAAAGACGAUGGAGAAGCAACAAGCCGACCAAUACAAGAACAGAAUGGGUGUCUUUAAGAACAAAGGGAAGGACCAAGAUGAGAUGAGAAGAAGAAGAACAGAAGUCACUGUUGAGUUGAGAAAAAAUAAAAGAGAAGAAACGCUUUUAAAAAGACGAAAUGUACCAGCAGCAGAGUCUAUAGAAGAUGAAGAUGUAGACAAACAGUUAACAGCUGAUAACUUAGCGCUGAUUGUGGCUAAUGCGGCGAGUGAAGAUCGGGCUGUACAGUUAACUGCUGUUCAGGCAGCUCGUAAACUCCUUUCUUCAGACAAAAAUCCUCCCAUAGAUGAUUUGAUAAAUUCCGGAAUAUUGCCGAUUCUUGUCAGGUGUUUAGAAGGUAGUCAUGGUGGUUCAGAACCUGGCAGUCCGUCGCUUCAAUUUGAGGCAGCAUGGGCUUUAACAAAUAUAGCAUCUGGCACAUCUAGGCAAACACAAGCAGUAGUUCAUGCUGGGGCAGUUCCCCUGUUUUUGAAACUAUUGCAGUCGUCAAGCCAAAAUGUAUGUGAGCAGGCUGUUUGGGCCUUAGGUAACAUAAUUGGUGAUGGACCACAACUGAGGGAUUAUGUAAUUUCUCUGGGUGUUGUCCAACCACUACUUAGCUUCAUUACGCCGGAUAUACCAAUAGGAUUUUUAAGGAAUGUCACGUGGGUCAUUGUCAAUUUGUGUCGUAACAAGGAACCUCCUCCACCUCAGUCAACAAUAAAGGAAAUCCUGCCUGCAUUAAACAUACUAAUACAUCACCAAGAUACAGCUAUACUGGUGGAUACUGUGUGGGCAUUGAGUUACUUAACAGAUGGUGGAAAUGCUAACAUACAAUUAGUUAUAGACAGCGGAGUUGUUCCAAAGUUGAUACCCUUAUUAUCCCAUAAGGAAGUAAAGGUACAAACAGCAGCACUUAGAGCAGUUGGCAACAUAGUCACUGGAACUGAUGACCAAACUCAAGUAGUUCUAAACUGUGGAGCGCUAUUUCACUUUCCAGCCCUCCUUACACACCAAAAAGAGAAAAUUAACAAGGAAGCUGUAUGGUUCUUGAGUAACAUAACAGCUGGUAACAAGCAGCAAGUACAAGCUGUGAUUGAUGCUGGCCUUAUCCCUAUGAUAAUAAGGCAGCUUCAGGAGGGGGAAUUCCAAACGCAGAAGGAAGCAGCAUGGGCAAUUAGUAAUCUUACAAUAUCUGGCAGUAAACAGCAGGUAUCGUAUUUAGUUGGUGAAGGGGUCAUUCAACCGUUCUGUAACUUGUUAACAUGCAAAGACACACAAGUUAUUCAGGUGGUGCUAGAUGGAAUAUCGAAUAUACUGAGUCGAGCGGGUGAUGAUGUUGAAAUGGUGGCAAAUAUGAUAGAAGAAUGUGGAGGUUUGGACAAGAUAGAAUUUUUACAAAAUCAUGAAAAUGUUGAAAUCUACAAGUUAGCGUACAGCAUAAUUGAAAGAUACUUUUCAGAAGAUGAUGCAGAAGAUCCAAACCUGGUUCCAGAAGCAACAGAGACUGAGUACGCUUUUGACAAUAAUAGUACUAGUGAGGGUGGUUUUCGUUUCUAGUGACUCUUGGUAUUUAGGCAUAUUAUUAUUAUGUGAUUGAAUCAAUAAGUGAUUAUGCAUUGGGUAUUGCAACAAUAUGAUAUACUGCUGAAGAGGGGUACAUUGUUAUUGCUUGAAUGCCCUGUCACAUAAUAACUCAUUUAUUCACAAUGGUUUAAAGUUGUUAUCAAUAUUUUACUGUUGAUAAAAUGUUUUUUAAGUCCUUGUCUUUUUUAAGAAAAUUGACCGAAGUGUUGAUCCAUUGAGUUUUCAUACGAAGGCAUUGGAGUGACAUUUAUAGGAAUCACACAUCAUAUGGCAAGAUGUGAAAGCAGGUAAAGUUUUCAACAUGAGUACUUCUAUAAGAAAAUUCAUGAAGAAUUUUCCCCCUAUUCUCCUUAAAUAGAAGUGUUACUGCAUCUUACAGUGGCAUCAAUGAACUUUAAAAUGGUGAAUGCUUGAAGAUCAAAAAAUGCAAGUUAAAUACAGGGUCUUCAUGUUUGAGUGUAGGACCUUCACCAACGAUCAAAAGCUUGAUACAACUGUAAUGUAAUGUGGAUAAAGAAGAUCUGAAAUAUAGGAGGUCUUUCAUCAUCAUUUCCAAAGAGGGUAUUAAUGAAAAGUUGAAUGUGUGUGCAUUGCAGCAAUUUUUAACAAAGGCAGUCCAGUACAGUCAGAAUGUAAUGGCUCACAUAAAUUUGGUUUGAUGUUGUUGACCUAAAGUGGAGAUGUUAUAUUUAACAGGUAAUUAUGUUGAAAUAGGCGGACGAAAUCUUCUACUGUCGUAAAAACAGGAAAGAAAUAAUUCCAUAAAAGACCACCAGAAGCACAGUAUUGAUGGUCUAGUCGAACAUUUAUCUUAAUAGAAUGGUGGUAGCUAUGAAGACUGGAGGCUAGUUGGGUGCAAGUGCUUUGAAGCAGGUUUGUGUCACUAGACAAUAAACCUUACAAGAAAAAAGAAGUUCUUGUGGAUUCCAGCUUAGAUUUAUUUGCGUUUUUCAAAUAUGUUGGACAUGUUGCAGUUACCCGUUCAUGCUCACAGCAAGGUAAGAGUGUUUUACAGUUUUAAUGCUUUUUAUUUCCUGAAAAUGACUGGGAUAUCUUCUGUAAUUGUAAAUGUGAGAUGCAGUAGUUUACUACACAGAUGGGGAGUGUCGUGAAAAUUAAACACAAUUCAUUGGUAUACACUUUAUUUUUGUGGCAAAAGUGAUUGCUUCCUUGUGUGAAUUGCAAGGAACUGGAAUAGAAGGUGGUUUGUAUUCUUGAUGGAAAAGCCUUAUUGAUAUCUCUUCGGUUUGUUCUUUGUUGGUAUUAAUUCUUUUCCAAGAAUGCUAUAUUUUAACUUCCCACAUUAUUAUUGUUGAUGUUACAUAUUGUAAAUUACCAUAGUCUGUAUUAUUGUUACAAAGAUAAUACUGGACAUUCUCACAUUAUUUUAGAUUUGUGUGGGUGGUGUAGCUCCGUUUUUUUCCAUAAGGAAUUCAUAAUUGAUUUAUUGAUUUUUCACUUUACCAACAGGAAGAGCAAAUUAUUUUGUUUAUGGAGAUGAUAGUGGCACAAAAUUUUGCUUAUUGCUUGAAACACUAGUGUCAAACUUCUACUUUCACUUUAUCAAUUAUUUUACUUUAUAUUUUUUUUAUGUAUAGAUAGUGUAUAUUCCAUCAUUUAAUAUAUAAUAUUUAAGUUUAAAUACUACUUCCAGUGUUAUUUUUGAAGUAGAAGUUGGGCUAUGUUUUGAAGCAUCUUUGUGUUCACUGCAACAUGUAUCCUUUUGCUGAGCUAAAGCACAGCUGAGAAGAAAUUGUAUUUGCAAAUUGUUUCAGUUAACUUUCUAAUACUGUAUUUUUAUUCAUGAUUUCAGCUGUUCUUUAUGUAUAUCAUUAGUACGACUUACAAUAAUAUCUUUUUGGAAUAUGUUUUCUUCCAUUUCUUCAGCUGUCAUGUACAGUUGUACCCAUGUUGUAAGUAGGAGAAAGGCGUCUGACACUGCAGACUAAUUUAUUAGGGCUAAUUUUAGGUAUCAAAAUAGUUGCAAUACAAAUUAAUUGGGAAUUGUGUAAACUCCUCAGGAAGUACUUUAUUUAUAUGAUCGUUGUAUAUGACCAUGUAUGUAUAUGUAGUCCAUUAUUCUCAACAAAAGACAGCCUUCUCCUACAUGCUGCGUUAAAUCUAUUAUAUAUACUAUAAAUAUAUAUGUUCCUUGGUAACACUGGGCACUUCUGGCAUAAGAGAAAUCAUGUUCAUAUUGAUCCUAAGAGUUGACUGAAUUGAAAAGUUUUUUGAAAAUUUUAUGUGGAAUUCAAGCUGUGUAUUAAUUAUAACAAAUUUGGAAAAGGUCAUUUCUUUUGUUACUUCCUGAUAUUGUUUUCUUCUUUUCUCUUAGAGAAUUAAGGUUUCAAAGAUGAAAUUAAUUGUUACUCAUGAUUGUCACUUAUGAUUCAUGAUGGCCAUAGAGAAUACUUUUAUGGUAACCAGGACCUGUAAUAAAUUAAAGGAAAUUUAUGUAAAAAGGUUUUUAGUAUGAAGGUUCUUUACUUUUUCUCUUCACUCUAACUUUAAUUUAUUCUACUGCUUCAUGUUUUAGGUAAACAUUGUAGAAAAUUAUUAAUUUCAAUGGCUGCAGGCCAGCUUUGAAAGGAGUUGAGUGCAUAAGUCGUCCUUAGCUAGGGAUGAUAUAUUGGUGUUAUAAACAUGUAACUGCUCUACAAACUGCCUUAUAAGAAACUCCUGUCAUACUGUUAUCACAAUUGCAUACUGGUUAGUCAUGUUCAGUUAGGUAGCUUAUAUCAGUGGCCUGGUAAUUUACAUGCUUUGCUUCUCAUUCCCUGAUGUAGUUUUUCAGUGUGCAGGCGGGAAACUGGUGUCCUUGUUUGCUUAAAUAUUAAUCUCCAGUACCUUACCUUUUCAUGAUUCCAGGGUUAGCAGGCCUGUGUUGCAUUCCUUGUUAAGUCUGUUCUGUUGCUCUUCUUCAAGGUUUUUUCUGAAAUGAAGAGGAAUUGAGAACCAAACCGAACACACACUGGAGCAAACUACUAUAUUAUUUGUAUUUGAAGCCAGUACUUUCCAGUAUUCAAAUGUAAAUCAUUCAUGGGAAGUAGUAGUCCCCUAAGUUCAGAAAGUAGUCAUAUUAAAUAGGACUGGACAGUCGUCUUUAGCAAAGUUCUGUGUUCACAGGCCCUCUUCCAGAGAAGGAAUCUUAUUGAUGAUCAAUAGGACAACCAUUGACACCAAAUCUCACGCUGUGAUACCAGCCUUGGACUCUGUUAAAAGGUUAACCCUGUGGGAUUGUUACUGUGCAGAAGUGUGGAUGACAAGCUAGAAAGUUUUCAGAAACUUUGUCGAACACUUCCUUAUUAUGCUUCUCCAUUCCAAUUCUGAGUCUUGCUUUUAAGCUUAGACUAAAUUUUGGCCUUGUGAAAUACAUUGCUGGUAUCAUUGCGUUUUAGUCAUAAACAUGUAAGACAUAAGCUGAAAAGAAAUCACAGUUGCUCUCCAUUUUUGCUGUAUAAACAAAUGUUCUUCACUUUGUUUUCAAUUUUUCAAAGUGGAGAACCAAUUUUUUCUAUUGACGGAAGUGCCAUUGUUUGUCCUUGGGUUCUAUCCUACCCUCCUCUCCUGCCUUGAGCCAAGAAAAGGUUGGAAAUGCUCAUAUCGCACCCCAUGGCUGUGUCUUAUAUUAAUAUAUAUAUGAUGAAGCUUGUAUUGCUAAAAAUGUCAUAGUUAUUGAAUGUUUAAGAAGCUAUUUACCCUAAUUCUUAAUUUUAGGUUGUAAAAGCAUGCUAAAUAUAUUUCAGGGCUUUCCAGCGUCUCAACCUUUUCUUUGUGUUAGAAAUAUUUUUUAUCAAGAGGUAUUACCAAAUGUCUAAAUUGUAGGGUAAAACAUUUUGUAUAAAUACUACACUUAUGUCCAAAGACCACAGAUAAUGAAGAUGAAGAAAUGCUGUUUAAUCAGUGAUAGCUCAAGUAUUCCAGUGGUACAUUGUCGCUGAGUGGCAGUACCUCUUUGUGUUUUAAUGUGUCCUAGAAUGAUUUAUAGUAAGGGUAUCAAGACUCAGAUCUCAAAAGGAAGCAGAAAGAAUCAGAUAUACAGUACUUUGAUUUUUUAUAUAUCUAUGUAUAGAUAUAAGGUACAUUACAUGGUUUCUUACAAGAUUUUUCUUACAGUGGUGGGAAGAUCAUAGAUGGAUCUCCGGAUACACUGUAUAUUCUCACAAAACUAUGAAUUCUUAGUGAAGUCAAUGUUGAGAUUUGAUGCUAGGACCCCCCUCGUCAGCCUUACGUGAAGAUUCUCAUCCACUGUUAAAAAAAGUUGGAAUAUCACCAUAAAGUUUGUUAGUUGUAAGUAAAGUCACAUUGGCUACCUUAGAAAGGAAAUUAACUUUGCUAAUAAGGAUUGGCAUUGUAUCAAUUAUUUUAGGACAUGAAAGCCUUAGUGUCAGUAAGACAUUUGGUGUUCAAGGGCAGUUCUGGGAAAUCAUUAGUGUUUAGAGGCCUUGAAGAAAAGUAAGAAUAUUGGCUCUCAUGUGUUUCACAUUUAUGUGACCAUUAUUCAAGAAAAUUUCCUGUAUACUUUUUAAUAAUGGUUACUUUUUAUUGCUUUAUCUUAAGAACACCAUUGUGUCAUAUGCUUUUAUUUAGGGUAGCUCAUAGAUGACUUUCUGCAGGUGCAGUAAGUCAAGUGUCAGAUUAUUUUGUUGUACUUGAAAAAAUAAGUGAGGACAAACAGGCAUUUAAUUGUUAGCUUUACUGUCCAGUCACAGUAUAAGCUGAACAUGAGAUAGAGUUGGAAACAAGUUAUCCAAAUAGCAGAUGAUCAAGCACCAGUUUUCUAAUGUAAUAUAGUACAGUAGCCACAUUUUGUUGUGUAGAAAAUCUGUGAAUUACAUAGGACCAGUUAUUAAUUUUGUACAAAACAUUGUUGCAAUUAGGUAAGGUAUAAAAUCAAAUACGUAGUGCUGGGUAUUCUAAACUUGACCUGCCCAGUGGAAGGUACAGUUGAAGUUUGGCAGUUUUAUACAACUAAAUAAUUGCUGUCAUAUAUUUGAAAUAGUUUUAUUACACUUCAAAAGCAGCAAUUUAUGCCUAUAACAAGUUGACUGAAAAGAAUAGCCAUAUAACUGAUAAGUAAUAAACAUCAAACAAAAUUUUUUACAUGGUAGUCAUCAAAAUAAGGUUUUCUGAGAAAAAAUAGAUUCAUGAAAGUGACUAUACCAGAUUACUGUAGUCGUCUAGUUUUGUAGGUAUUAUUUAAAAAUUUUUGUUUUGAAGUUGACUUUUUUUCCAUUAUGUUCAGAGACACAUUGAACAAUAAAAAGUAUCUUGCUUGAAAGAGGGACAUUGGAAGUAAGAGAAGAUGCUAUAUUAAAUUACAAAUGGAGAUAACUAAUGAUAAAAUUAAAUUUACCCCUGGGAUUGAGAUGGUCAAGGUCUUCAACAUUACUAUUAUUUGGUGACCACCCCCUUUAUGGACAACUAAAUGUGGAACAUAUGCUCUUGUUACAAAGCAAUAUUUAAUUGAAGGAAAGGAAUCUUUAUUCAAAUAAUCUAGUAACUACAUCAGAACCCUGUUCAGUUUUUGGAUGUGAAUCUGCUCUAUUUACUGUACUAUAUAAAAACUGAAUGACUGGUACUUGACAUAUUUCAAUUUGCAAUCUGUUCAAAACUAAGUUUUGUAAAAGAAAAAAAUAUCCAUGUUACUCAGACUAAUAGUAAUGCAGUGUGGUUGUGAGUGUAGGAUGCGAAUGGGAAUAAUGGAAGGACCAUAUUGCAUGGGUGGCCCAAAAGUCUUGGGGUAAUACAUUUCUUGGAGGAUUUACUUUUGUGAGUGAUACUGCAACAUUGCAUGAUGUGUGAGCAGCUAAUAGCUUGGGAAUGAGAUAUGGUUAAUUAUAUCCUAACUUACUAUUUCAUGGUAUGAAUGUAUUUAAAGUGUGGAUGUUUUUUUUUUUAAUAACCUGUAAGGUUGUGUUACUAAGGUAAUGCACUCUCAGAUGUAGGUACUGGGUUCCUGUGUUGACACCCUAAUCUCACAUUCAAGUUACAUAUGUUAGGUAUAAUACCACACAGAGCUGAGGGUGUAUUUUUUUUUGCUGCUGUGGGGAUACAAGAGAAGGCUCUUCAAAUGUGAAAUACGAGGUAGUAUGUUAUUAACUUUUUUGCUGUAGCUAUGCGGAUAGUAGGUAUUUUGAAUGAAGUUUGAAUACUGUGUACCAGGGAAAAAUUGCUAUCAUUUCCUGGAAGUACAAACUUUAAACACUGUGCAUAAGGGGAUGAUGACGAUUCAAGUGUGUUAAGAAAAAAUUAUUGCAUGUGAGAAAUGUACAAAAGAUCUUUGAAAUUUUCGAGUGCAAGAAAAAGACUAAAGAGGUAUAAGGUCUGUUAGUUUUUGUAGAUUACAAUUUUUAUAGAAAUGCAAGAAAUAAAAGCUAUACAGUGUAAGAGUCAAUUAGUGAUUCAUGCUUUUUGUGUUUUAUAUGGAAAGCUCCUCAGAAUAUGUGCUAUUAGUACUUUAUAUCACAAACCUUUGAAGUUUCAUAUAUUAGUUCAAGUACAGUAAUCUAUUAUAUAUUUCUUGCCACACUACUGGUGUUUUGUCCAUGCAUUAAAGGGGUAACCAUUAUUAAUUUGAUUAGUGCAAUAAUACCUAAAAUAACACAAAAUUAUUUGUAUUAAGGUUUAAAAGGCCUGCAAACAUUAUGUCUUUCCCAAGAACUUGCAUUAUUUCGCUGAGUUUCUUGCUGUGCACUCACACAUACACACAUUUGUGGGGAUGUCUUUUUAAGGGUUUUGCAAGAACAUUAGACUUAACAAUAAUGAUAUUUUGCAGUCACGUGUCCAAGGGCCAAGUUGCCACUUGUUUUUUUCUCUCUCUUGGUGCUUCAGGAUUUCAGGCUAAGCUUGGUAUUUAACCUCACUGGGGAAGUACAACAAAAUGAUAUACAUAUAAAUAUAUAUAUAUUUACUGGGAUAGGGUACUGGUGUAUUUUGGAAAAGGCCCUGUACACAAUCCAGUGGAUUUAUAGUCUGUCACAAAGGACUAUAAUGACUACUUUGACUCCAAGCUGUGAUUCAAUAAGCAUAUAAUGAGCUUUACCUGCCUUGUUUAGCCUGUUCAUGUGCCUCAGAUAAAAUAUAUGUAUAAUAAUAAACUUGUGUUCUUGUAGACCAUUACAUUACAUAUUCAAGUGGAGGCUGUUGAAGAUAAUAAUAGUAGUGUAUUUGAAAGCAGUCAACACUAGGGUUGUAAUGUUCACUGAGUAUGUGGUCUCUCUCCCUACAAUGGGCAGAUUCUUUACAACUGAAGACGGUGGGCGUGUAGGAAAUUUUUUAUCUGUUGUCUUCAAGAGAUAGGAAAUGGUAACUUUUCCAUUUAUUUUAGAUACCAAUGGUUACUUGGGGUAGACUGCGUUCAAAAUGAAAAAAAACUCCCCGCCUUUGUUAAAGCGAGAGACCAUGUAAGUCAAGACUCCCCCACACUGGGCCUAAUUUGGCCAUGAUAUUAGAGAAUUAGAUGGGACAUGACCAGUGCAUCAGCUGACAGACUUACAAAACUGCUUUUUUAUGUUUGACAAAAAAAAAAUGUGUUUAUUGAAUACUUUUAUAGAAAUAUUUUUUGUGGAUCUGUAAAAUAGUUUAAGAAUUUUCUGAAUGUGAUUCAAUAUUUUUUUAAGAAUAGGAAGAACUAUAGGUCAUUUAAAGUAUUUUAUAUUUUAUAUUAUUCCUGGUAUCCUUGGUGUUAAGGGAUCUAAUGCAUGAGAAAGGACGUCUUUUUUUAAAAUUUUAUUUUGCUCUUAUGCAUUAGAUUGAAAUCAGCUGAUUCACCAAAGACAUGUCGCACGUGAUUCUGUUAAAAAGCUCUCUGAGAGUAAGUAAAUGGAAGGCAAUUGUGAUGUCAAAAUGAAAAAGUAAAACCAUAUAUCUCAGAGGGCUUCCUGCCAGUGCGGAAUAUCAUCGUUUGCUCCCCACUUCUCUCCUUAGGGUGAAUGUAUUAUAUGAGCAUACAUUGGCGUAUUAUCAGCCAGUUAAAUGAAGGAGAUAAAUUUUAAA